AUGGAAAAGCCAGGUACCCCUGAGCUGAGCGAAGCACCGAUACACACCGAUCCCGAUCCUGCAAGCGACGAAUUACAGGUUAAUUGGAACGGACCAGAUGAUCACACCUGUCCAUUCAACUGGUCCCUGUCCAAGCGAUGGGCCAUCACUUUACUGUGUUCUAUGGGAGGCAUGGUGACCCUGAUGAGUGCAUCCAUGCUGGCACCGGCCCUGGGCAAAAUUGGUGACGACCUCAACAUCAGUGAGAGCGAAGCCAACAUGGUGGUCUCCAUUUUCGUACUUGCAUUUGCCUUUGGACCGAUGGCUCUGGCUCCCCUAGCUGAACUGUUCGGUCGUCGAUGGGUAUGGAUCCUAUCUUCGAGCUGGUAUAUUCUGUGGAACACGGUCUGCGGCUUCGCUCACACCAGGGGUCUUUUACUCGCUGGACGAAUUCUGAGUGGCCUGGGAGCUAGUGCAGAGUUUGCGAUCACAACCCCGGUCCUGGCAGAUUGUUGGCGUGCGGAGCAGCGCGGCCAUUCCUUUGCGAUCGCAACUUUCGUGCCCUUGUUAGGGCCUGCGAUUGGGCCUAUCCUCGGCGGUAUCAUCACGACAAAAAUCGGAUGGAGGUGGCUUUUCUGGGUUAUUUCUAUCUUCGAUGCUGCUUUGGUUAUCUAUGCAUUAUUCUUCUUUCCGGAAACUUAUCACCGUUUGUUGCUUCAUCGAAAGGCCGUCAAAUUACAAAAGGAGACAGGCAGGCCUUUCCAUACCAAGACUGAUGCUCAUAGUCAACUACUGGCAAGGAAGCUCUGCUAUAGUCUCGCGCGCCCGUGUUGGAUGCUGGCGACUCAGCCGACUAUCCAAAUCAUGGCUGUAUUUCUCGCCUACAACUAUGGCGUUCUCUUCUUUGUCCUUACCAGCUUUGCCUCCCUCUGGACAGAGAGAUAUCAUCAAUCGGUGUUAAUCAGUGGCGUUCAUUAUGUCGCUCUCGUGAUCGGCUAUACCGUCGCCGCUCAAGGUGGCGCUCGCAUCACCGACUGGCUCUGGAAAUAUCUGACACGCAAGCGAGGACAGACUGCACCUGAAUAUCGAAUCCCCCUAACGAUCCCAGGAAUGAUUUUCCUGCUAGCCGGUUUGUUCUGGUAUGGCUGGUCAGCGGAAGCAAUGGCCCCGUGGAUCGUGGUCGACAUUGGAACAGCGGUGUUUGGUUGUGGAGUGAUCCUUAGUACUCAGGCUAUGCAACAGUAUGUCAUGGAGUCCUACAGUGAAUACGUGGCGUCGGCGAAUGCCUCCAGUCAAUUUCUACGAAGUAUCUUCGGAUUUUGCUUCCCUAUAUUCGCGCCGGCGCUGUACGAUCGUCUUGGAUACGGAUGGGGAAAUAGCACUUUGGCGUUCAUUAUGAUUGGCUUCGGUGUGCCAGCGCCUUUUCUCAUAUGGACCUACGGUGCUAGGCUUCGAGAUAAGGGAAAGCAGAGGGCAAAGGGGAAAGUAUUCCUAGCUUAG